AUGGUGAAAACUGAUGAUGGUAACGAUGGUCUUGAAGCCGAGCAGUUUCGUAAAAUGUUUAUUGGCGGUUUGUCCAGUUCGACUACUGACGAAACUCUCAAGGAAUACUAUUCACAGUGGGGUGAACUUGUUGACUGUGUUGUUAUGCGAGAUCCAUCUACAAAACGUUCUCGUGGAUUUGGUUUUGUAAGCUAUAAAACGCAAGCUGAGGUUGAUCUGGCAAUGGCGAAUAGACCACAUAUGAUUGAUGGUAAAACAGUGGAUCCAAAACGAGCAGUACCAAGAGAUCAGUCAGUUCGUAGUGAAGCCAAUGUUUCAUCGAAGCGUCUAUAUGUUUCAGGUGUUCGAGAAGAACAUACAGAACAAAUGUUUGAGGAGUAUUUUUCUAAAUUUGGCACUGUUCUAAAGGUUGAAAUAAUAAAUGAUAAAACAACUGGAAAGCCUCGAGGAUUUGCGUUUGUGAGUUUUGAAGAUUAUGAUCCAGUCGACAAAUGUGUUUUGCAAAGGAGUCAUCAGAUUUUGAAUUAUCGUUGUGAUGUGAAAAAAGCGCUUAGCAAAGAGGAAAUGAGUAGGGAACGAGAUAGGCUGGAACGAAUGGGGCGCUCAAGAGGUGCUAUGCGAGGUGGUCCUGACCGUUUUGGGGGACCGCCAGGCUAUGGAGGAAACUGGGGUUCUGGAGGCGGUCAGUGGGGUGGCGGCGGUGGUCGCUCUCAGUAUUACGGAGGAUAUGGCGGCAGUUAUGGUGGUGGAUAUGGUGGAGGUGGACCAGGUGGUUGGAAUGGACCAGCGGGUGAUAGUGUCAAUGGUGGUUGGAACAGUGCCCCGCAAACAGGCGGGUGGGGAAGUGGUUCAGGUGGUGGUGAUGCGGGAGGUAGCACAUGGAAUCAAAGCGGAAAUCAGAGUUCUUGGGGUCAAGGUAGCGGUCAACCUUGGAAUUCAUCGCAAGGAAAUCAAGAAUGGAAUGGACGAUCUUAUUAA